UGGAGACUUCUAACUGCAAUCAUACGGCUAACCAUCCAUGUCUUCCUCACACGGGAAUAAAAAGACGUAAUGUCGUCAGCACCGAGUCAUUGUCCAUGUUGCUCUUGAUGGGUGCGCAUCUCGUGUGUUCUUGCGCUACAUUCUCGAGUUCCUCAUCACUCGAUCAUCCAUCGAUGUUCUAAGCACAUUUUCCGUGUUUUAAUUUUUUUAUUCUCUCGAUUUUUUGUUGUUGUGUGUGACAAUUUUCUUUUUUUUUUGGAUUGCACCUCCUUUCUUCCUGGAUUUUGCUUUGCUAUUUAUUAUCGUUGUGUGUGAUCGUUAAUGUUCAAAAGAAAAUAAAUAAUUAAAUUGAAUUUUCAAACGUGUCUGUGUACAGUGGUGGCCAAGUGCAAUAUCCAGCCACUUGUUGGUCCUGGAAGAGACACCAACGCGGUGUGGCUAAACGAACAGGCGCACACAGUGAAGUGUGAGGCAAAGAGAAAGGAAGAAGUAACAAACAAAAUAUUCUACCUGGGAUUAAGUGACCAAAGUGAGCCAUCGAGGUCAAGGAAGAAGUUCAUCGGAGAAAUUAAACAAAUCCACAUCAUGACAUGGAAAUAUGUAGCCAUCGUGAUACUAUCGAUAGUUCUUAAGUUCACCCAUGCGAGGAUUGCAUUCGAGAAGCUCACGGACUUUGAUUUCCCCGGCACAACGUACUACAGUGUGAAGAAUCUCUCCCUAUAUGAGUGCCAGGGAUGGUGUCGGGAGGAGCAAGAUUGCCAAGCGGCGGCAUUCAGCUUUGUGGUCAAUCCACUGACACCGGAACAGGAGACACUUUGUCAGCUGCAGAAUGACUCCAAUGCCCACAAUCCAACAGCCAUUCCUCAGCGAUCCAGCGCCAUGUACUACAUGGUGAAGGUUCAGCUGCGCAGCGACAACAUCUGCAUGCGCCCGUGGGCCUUUGAGAGGAUUCCCAAUAAAAUAAUCCGUGGCCUUGACAAUGCCCUCAUCUACACGAGUACCAAGGAAGCCUGCCUGUCGGCAUGUCUAAAUGAGAAACGCUUCAUCUGCAGAUCAGCCGAAUAUGACUACAACAACAUGAAGUGUGUCCUUUCGGAUUCCGAUAGACGAUCAACGGGGCAAUUUGUGCAGCUUGUUGAUGCUCAAGGAACGGAUUACUUUGAGAAUUUAUGCCUUAAACCUGGACAAGCGUGUAAAAACUCCCGCCUCUUCCAAGUUCCACGAAUUGGGGUGUCGGAAGAGAAGGUGGCUCAAUACGUGGGGAUUCACUACUACACGGAUAAGGAGCUACAGGUGUCGUCUGAGGAUGCCUGCCGACUUGCUUGUGAGAUUGAAACGGAAUUUCUAUGUCGUUCCUUCCUGUACCUUGGACGACCACAGGGAACAACCUACAACUGCCGACUAUUCCAUCUUGAUCACAAAACCCUCCCUGAUGGGCCAUCGACUUAUCUAAAUGGCGAAAGACCCCUCAUUGACAGAGGAGAACCCACUGGGCAGUACUUUGAGAAUCUCUGUGAAAAAUCAAGCUUAUCGUCGCCCACUGGCCAACCGGAUUCAACUCUUCCAGUUGUCUUUGACACCGUUGAGGAUUCAUCCAUCAACAACUUCACGCGCACCGAUGCCAAUUGCGACAAGACAGGCACCUGCUAUGAUGUUGAAGUCCAUUGCAAAGAUACACGAAUAGCUGUUCAGGUGCGAACGAGUAAGCCAUUUAAUGGGAGAAUCUACGCCCUGGGGCGCUCUGAGACGUGCAACAUAGAUGUUAUCAAUUCCGAUGCCUUCCGGCUGGAUCUCACAAUGGCUGGUCAGGAUUGCAACACGCAGAGUGUAACGGGCGUAUACACCAACACCAUCGUUCUACAGCAUCAUUCCAUCGUCAUGACGAAAGCGGACAAAAUUUACAAAGUCAAAUGCACGUACGAUAUGAGCUCCAAGAAUAUCACAUUCGGCAUGAUGCCCAUUCGUGAUCCCGAAAUGAUUCACAUCAAUUCCUCACCAGAAGCUCCACCGCCGCGUAUUCGUAUCCUCGAUGCGCGGAAUCGUGAAGUUGAAACCGUUCGCAUUGGUGAUCGUCUCACGUUCAGGAUUGAAAUUCCCGAAGACACACCCUAUGGAAUCUAUGCGAGAUCCUGCGUUGCUAUGGCCAAGGAUUCAAAGAGCACCUUCCAAAUUAUCGACGAUGAAGGUUGCCCAGUUGAUCCAACAAUCUUCCCAGGAUUUUCUCCCGACGGUCAUGCCCUGCAGUCCAUCUACGAAGCCUUCCGAUUUACCGAAAGUUACGGCGUUAUCUUCCAGUGCAAUGUUAAGUACUGCCUUGGACCAUGUGAACCGGCGAUUUGUGAAUUUGGACGUGAUUCCCUGGAGUCAUGGGGACGAAAGAGGCGUUCAAUUGCCUCAAAUGACACCUCAGAGGAAAAUACAGACGAAGAGGAUAUGAACAUCUCCCAGGAGAUCCUUGUGCUGGACUUUGGUGAUGAGAAGAACAGUGAAUACAUGAAGAGUGAAGCAAGUGCGGACUUUGGUGAUAAGACCGUCACAAUUAUUGAACCUUGCCCAACGAAAACUUCCGUGAUGGCACUCACAAUCACCUGCAUCCUAAUGGUGCUCAUCUACCUUCUCGCCUUCUUCCACUUCUACGUGAAAAAGUGGCUGCAACCGCAGAAAACCAUCAUCUAAUCCAUCAUGCUACUACCUCCCGCGGGAGGAAUUCCCCCCAUGAGAGCACAAAAUGCAGAGAGACACACGACACACACAACACUCACCUAAUAGUUGCUAAAUAACAAAAGAAAA